AUGCCCUCGUUCCUGACCCAAGACAACCCGACAGUCUUUUCCAACGGCUCCUUCAUCAGUCUUGAGCACGAACACGAGCACGACCACGACCAGUACGGCCACAGCUUUGCCGCUGCAAAGGGCCUGGCGAAUGAGGCAUCCAUAACCGACGCCCGGUCCUACGCCGUCCAUGAGCGCUUCGACGAGAGCUCGACUCUGUCCACGCGCGACUCGGACGUUUCGGACUCGCCCAUGCCCUUGAACGAACUCGACCAGUGCUGGCAAGAGGACGGCAGCGGCAACGGGACACGGCCCACGAGUAUGAGCUCUCUCUCCAACGGCAAGAGUCUGGCUGGGGGCUUUGAAGCACAGGAUUAUGGCGAUUCCAGCCACGCGAUGGCUAAUGGCGCCACCUUCUCCCUCCCCCAUCGCACCGUGCCACAGGAGCACAUGUAUACAGGUGCCGCAGCCGAUCUGGCCCGCAAGCCAGCCGCGUUAUCGUCGUCCAUCAAUCAGAGGGCAUCGACAAGGAGCGUCCAAGACGAUGUCUCGACUACCGUGACCCGGCCAACACCGCCCCCCACAGAUGCCGAGUCGCACAGCCCGCCUCAGCCUUGGACGCCGUCACCGAUGGCUUCUGACCUCGCCCUGCCGCAGCAUACUAGUAACGGCGCCCCCCAUCGCUUUUCAUCUCCCGCAUCCUACCAGCCUACCGGCUCCAACUCGGCACCCUCUUUGUCCGCACAUCUGCAGCCCGGGCCCGGCAUGGGCGUCAAGCAGAGACACACCCUCGAGGUGCCCAAGCCUGCACCGGGAAGAACCUCCAAGGACGGCCUUGACAGUGCUCAAGCCAGCGGCCGCUUUUCACCAACAAUCGCCAGCCCUGCAGGGCCAGGCCGUGCAGCUUCUUUCAGCCUGGCUCGACGAACGACGCGGUCCAUGCAGUCGGAUGCUCCCCGAGACGAGAUUGUACCCGACGAAGACGCCAUGCGAUGGGCCGAGAUGUAUCGACAGAAGCGAGCCAGCAAGCGGAGACGGAAAGAAGAAGAGGACGAUGACCGAGUUUUGGUUGGCACCAAGGUUGAUGAGACCCAUGCCAACUGGGUAACGGCUUACAACAUGUUGACGGGCAUCCGUGUAUCUGUCUCGAGGACGAAUGCAAAGUUGGACCGCGAGUUGACCGAUGCGGACUUUAAUGUUAAGCAAAAGUCUACGUUCGACAUCACCGGUAACGAACUUGUUCCCUCAGCCAAGUACGACUUCAAGUUCAAAGAUUAUGCUCCUUGGGUCUUCCGCCACUUGCGAAAUGCUUUCCGUCUGGAUCCUGCUGAUUAUCUCAUGUCCCUGACGGGCAAAUAUAUCCUUUCGGAGCUGGGCUCCCCGGGUAAGAGCGGCAGCUUUUUUUACUUUUCUAGAGAUUACAAGUACAUCAUCAAGACCAUCCACCACGCCGAGCAUAAAUUUCUACGCAAGAUCCUCAGAGAAUACUAUAAACACGUUACCGAGAACCCCAACACGCUCCUCUCCCAGUUUUACGGCCUUCAUCGAGUCAAGAUGCCUUACGGCAAGAAAAUCCACUUUGUCGUCAUGAACAACCUAUUCCCCCCACAUCGAGAUGUUCACACCACUUUUGAUCUUAAAGGCUCGACUAUUGGCCGAGACUAUAGGGAGGAGGAUUUGGAAAAGAAUCCACGCGCGACCCUCAAGGACCUGAACUGGCUCCGACGAAAGCAGAACCUAGAACUGGGUAUCCAGAAGAAGAAGCUAUUCCUGGAGCAGCUCCAACGAGACGUGGCCCUCCUCAAACGUCUCCACAUCAUGGACUACUCUUUGCUGGUUGGCAUUCACGACCUUUCCCGCGGGAAUGAUGAAAACCUUCGCGGAAAGACAUUGCAGGUGUUCAACCCAGGUGGUGAGAAGAGCCCUGAAGAUGACCUUCAGGCCUCUCUUCUCCGAACUCCAUCGAAGCUGGAAAACUACCGCAAAGCCAAAGAACUACGCCAAAUGGUCCAGAAGGAACGCCCAGUACCUAUGGGCGAAGCCAACGACCAGAUGCCUGAUGAUGUGGGAGAAGAUCGUCGUGGGCUCAUUUUCAACCAAGACGAUGGUGGCUUCCGAGCAACUCAUGAAGACAAUGAGCCCGCAGAGGAGAUUUACUACCUUGGUGUCAUUGAUUGUCUCACUCACUACGGAAUGAUCAAGAAGAUCGAGCAUUUCUGGAAAGGCCUUUCAAACGACAAGAGCAAAAUUUCAGCUCUGCCGCCGGACCAAUACGGUGAUCGCUUCUACCACUUCAUUCAAGGCAUCACCAUGUCCGCCGAAGAGGCCAAACGAGAACGUGCACGCAGAGACCAGGAACUUAUGCUUCAAGCACAGAAACAGGAAAGGUCGAGGCAGAGCACUAUUCCUCCUAUGCCGAUGCACGAGCCGCCUGCUCCUCCCAUCGGAAUACAGCCUAAUGGGCGAGCGUCGUUGAAGGGAGCACCCGAGGGGCAAAUCCCAGAGCGAAUUUUGAAAACUAGUGCGACGGUGCCAGGCGCGAGAGACUCACAGCACGAGGCUAUUUUACCUGUGGUUGAAGAAGCCGGAGAAAGCAGCAGAGACGACACAGAACGAUGGGUUCAUGAGACAUCUUGGAAAGACACGCCCGAGCCGAGCCGAGCGCCUCCGCCAACACCACCUGCCCACGACCAAACUUUCCUUAAGCCCGAUAGCUCUGACAGUGGUUAUGGUGAUAACAGCAAUGGGACUGUGAGCAGAGACAAUUCGCUCAAAGUAGCCCGACCGGUCAGCCGAGGAAGUCUACACAAGGUUUUACCACCCCUCCCCAAGAAGGAGAAUGCUCAAGAAAGUGGAAUUAGAAUGGUCAUGUAG